AUGGCGACAUCAGCAGCGCUGCAGGCCCGUGUGCACAAACUUCUGAGCUCCCGAACAGAGCUGGAAGCCACUAAAACUCUUCUAGACACGCUCGUGAAGGACGGGACGAGCUUAAAUGCGUCUUUUAUGCAGCUCCAGACGCCCACGUUGGCGACAUUGCGACGUAAUUUACGCUCAAGUCUCGAGACGCAGCAAUUGACGCUCGCUCAGACGGCAUUGGACGGUUUAGACCGGACAUUAGAGCAAGUAUCAGAUCUAGUCACUAAAGUGGAUACACUGGACUAUAAAUGUGACGAGGUACACAAUUUUUUAGAAGUGACCAAAAAGGAAACAGAGCAGGUACAGACGGAAGCGGCAAAUUUAGCUACAAAAAGAGAUACUGUACAGGAACAGUGGAAAGAGACCAAAGUGUUUUUGGCUCGGUAUCAAUUAACAGAAGAAGAAAUAGGCAUUUUAUAUGCAGAACAGCUAAUGGACGAUCAAAUGGACGUUUUUUUCAGUACGUUGGAACGAGCUCAACAAGUUAUUGAGGACUGCAAAGAGCUGGUAGGAAGAGGCGACGUGACUUGCGGAUUGGAGCUAUUAAAUGCAGUAAGCACAUACCAAGAAGCUGGUUAUGAGAGACUAUACCAUUGGACAGCCAAAAAGUGUGUGGAAAUGGACGGAGAGCCGAGCAAUUUCCUGCAUCGAGCUAUUGCACUUCUUAGUGAUCGUGAAGAGUUUUACAACUAUUGCAAAGAGAGUUUGACAGUGUCGCGACGGUCACUAAUAGUCCGUCGCUUUAUCAUGGCGUUGACGGUGGGUGGACCAAACGGCAUCCCACGACCAAUUGAGAUGCACGCACAUGAUCCAGUGCGAUACUGUGGUGAUAUGCUCGCGUGGAUUCACCAGGCCAUUGCCACGGAGAGUGAAUUCUUCCGCGUGCUCUUUGAUGGCGAUAUGGAGUUUAAUCCUUCGGCUGCUACUGAGUCUACGCAAUUAAGCGAGGCAAUGAGCAGAAUGACAACUGAUGAUACCUUGCUACAGACGGACAAAUCGCAGGGAUCUACUGAUGUUGCUGCUGAAGAAAUUUGCACGACCAUGGUCGGACGUGCGUUUGAUGGUGUGUCACGGCCACUACAAGUUCGUGUUGAGCAGACCCUUAGCUCUCCACACUGCAUUGUGACUGCCUGCAAGUUGGUUCAUCUGCUAGUUUUUUACACCCACAAGUUUGACAAGCUGAUAGGACACGCCGAUCUUGCGCGUGCUCUUCAGCACUGUCGUGAGAUCGCAAACGAAACGUUCCGCCACCAGUUUCAGCAACUUGUAGAUGCCGUUGCAGCUUCGGCACAGGAUUAUACCGCCAACCUCGCAGCAACGCACGUCACGAUGGAUGUUUCACACCGCUUAGUAGCGCUGUUGGAAGUAUUCCAAACCUCGCUGCUACCUGAGCGAGAAAAGGAAGCUGAUCUAGCACCUUUGUUCGAUGGAGUUUUGUCUGCGGUCGAACUUAUGUGUCAGCGCAGCGUGGCAGGUUUGGAUCCUGUAGAAGCACUCGUCUUCCGUAUCAACAACUUCAGCUGUCUGCAAGCACCCCUAACACGAUUUCCUGAAGUGACGAAGUGGUAUACUAAAAUGGACCACGAUUUGGAGAAAUGGCUGCGAGAUCUGAGCGAAUUGCAAGCCUCGCGCGUGAUGGAUCGAUGCCGCGUGGCCGUGCUUCUACAACACAUUCAAGAGUAUCAGCAAAGCCAUGCAUCCGUAGCAAUGAAGCCUGACACGUCGCCAGCGGAUACACCUGGCCUUGAUGGCGGGACGAUCACACGAGUAAUGGGCGAUUUUUGCGCGGCACUGACGACUCUGAUGUUCCCUCAGCUUGACAGUCUAGCACAACCUGCACUUUCAGACAAGGCCCGUGCACUUACGUCCGCGACGCUCGCCGACACGUAUGCGUUUAUCUACGAGUUCGUGUACGACGUGAGAAAUGGGUACAUCCCCAGUAAUGAGCCAAUGUCUUCAUCGUCCUCGAGGUCGUCAGACGAACAGAAUCGUCGUGCUGUGCUGCUACAUACGUUUGAAGAAAUUCGCACUCUGCUCGAAAUCGAUGGAGAGGUCAAGUAA